GUCCAUCCGCGCUGGCAACGUCAGGCGGCAAGGCACGCUUCCCACUGACAAGCCAGUACGUUUCGCACAGACCAGCCUGUUGGAUGCCUGCCCCUUCAAAGUGGACCUUUUUGCGCCACUGGGAAGUUCCCGUUUAGUUCUGCGACCGAAGAGCGAUCGUUACACGGUCAGCUUCGGAGACAGCGACAAAAAGAUGAGUCUGGAUCUCUUGGUGCAAGGGCUGUCAGAAGCUGGACCUGACAAACCGCAGCCCGCUGCACCGCGAGAGGAGCUCUUGUCAGAGACCGAGGCUUACUUGGAGCGCCACGAAUUGCAGCACUUCAUCCAGAACUUGAUCACCAGCGUCCUGGCUGACAAGCCUGACGAUCCCUACGCUUACAUGGCACACCACCUCUCCAACGUACGAGUCAGAGAACUGCCCCGCCCUCCCUCUGUGCAGGCCACCCCGAACCACGCCAAGCGUCAACUCAGGAAACCUGCGCGAUUGCCGCCUCAUAAGAAGAGCUUUGACCAUCCCGCCUUUGUGGUGGAAGACUAUGAUGGAAACCUUCUCACACUGCGCGAGCUUGAGGCCAAGGACAUCAUGUGCCCGGGAGCAGAGCUGAGACGUUUAGUUAUCGAUGACCUGAGCAAGGUUGGGCUUACAGAAGUGAAAGCCGAGUCGACCGGACGCCUCGGUGCAGCCAAGGACCGAAAUUGUGGGAUUGUGUCCGCAGCCUGCGCCAAUUGCCUGGGAGGAAGUGGUGGCAACAUUGGCGUGUUUGUUUCGAACUGCACUGGCCAGGUCAUUCGUGAGUUGGUGAUGAUGCUGGCACAGUAUGGUGCCAUGACCUCUGUGUGCGUACAGACACGAAGAAUUGCUGGAUCUGAUGGCGUGCGGGACAUGUUGGAGUUGGAUGGAGUUGGUGGAUCGGAGGUGGUCAUGAUGCCAGUUUGUCGUAGUGGUGGCGCCAUUGCUGCAAUCGUGCUAGCUGUUGUGAAGCCGGAGAGCUGGAUGGAGAUGACGCCAGAUAAUGUGCAGGACAUCAACAACAUGGGAGGGACAAUCCUUGUCAGCGACCGGGGGAAUCCCACUGAGGAGGAACAGGUGCAGACUCUGAUUGAUAUGGGAGUCCGUGCUCAUUUCAUCAUUGGAGGCGAUGGGACCCACCGGGGGGCUUUCGAUUGUGCUGAGUUGAUGAAAGCCAAAGGCUGGAACUGUUCAGUUGUUGGAAUCCCCAAAACCAUCGACAACGACAUCCCUAUGCUUGACUGCACGUUCGGUUUUGACACCGCCUGUAUGGAAGCCGAACGGGCCAUCAAAGCUGGGUAUGUGGAAGCCACCUGCAACGCCAACUGCAUUGGCCUCGUGAAGCUGAUGGGCCGACAUUCUGGCUUCAUUGCUUUGCAUGCCUGUUUGGCCGCGCGCCAUGCCGACAUUGUGCUUCUCCCAGAGAUGCAAAUUAGCUUGGAGAAGGUGUUGCGACACUGCCUGGAGUUGAUGCAGUCCAAAGGUCACAGCGUAGUUGUGGUGGCGGAGGGCUGUGGGGACACGCUGCUCAAAAGCUCCGGCGAAGUUGACGGUGGGGGCAACAAGAAGCUUGCUGACGUGGGACCUUGGCUUCGUGAUAAGCUGCUCGAGCGCUUCAAGCAGGUUAAGCUGCCUCUCACAGUCAAAUACAUUGACCCCACUUACAUGAUUCGCGCAAUCGGGCCCAACGCAAACGACAGUGUGUACUGUUCCUCGCUGAGCCACAACGCAGUGCACGCAGCGAUGGCAGGAUAUACAGGAAUUACUGUUGGCCAGAUCAGCAGUCGACAAGUGCUGCUACCCAUUGCAUGCGUCACAAAGAACCCACAGUUCCAGGAGCUGGGUGCUUUGCAUGCUGUUUUUUUGCCGCAGUUGCUGGGAUUACUGACAGCAGGGACAGUGUGCAUUGCCGGCACAGCCAUUUCGAAGCCUGAGCUGGUCAGCUCCACGUUGCAACCCAACCUGGCACCAGAGGGUGCUGAAGAAGAGGUGAUGGAGGCAGCAGCACCUGCCAUGGGCUCGGGCAAUGGUCUGAAACACAGAUCAGGCAUGCUGAGUCUGUUUGUGGCCGCUUGUGGAAAUGCUGUCAGUGUAACAGAGGUGGAGAAUCCCCUGCUGCACAACUCGGAGCCUGUUGAGAUCGUUGGUGCCAUAGGCGAAGGAUCUGAGGUUCGGCGCUUGGAGCUCGAACACUUGUCGCUGAAAUUUGGUGACCGCUCAGAACCAACAACAUUGAUGGAACAGGUCAAGGGAGGCAAGGUUUGCUUCUUUGAUCAAGUCUCAUGGGUCACCCAGACGCUUGGCUUGCCUGGUGUUCGCCUCCAGAUGUUGAAGGCUGGGCCUCGAACAAAGUUGUACUUCAAGCCUGCUGAGGUGGCAGCCACCAUUGUGACAUGCGGUGGCUUAUGCCCGGGCUUGAAUUCCGUCAUCCGCGAGCUGGUCAUGAUGCUUUAUGCAUACGGUGUGAAGAAGGUCUACGGCAUCAAGGGUGGCUUCAAAGGCGUGGUAAACCCACAGAGCUGGGUGACCUUGACCCCGGAGAAUGUGUGCAUGUAUUUGCUACGCAACUUCGCCAAGGCGGCUCUAUCCUGGUCAGCGAUCGCGGGAAUCCACCGCACAGUGAAAUGGAGCGAUGCCAAGAUGAAAGACUGCAUGCUGAGCAUGUAUUCUGCUUCCGAACCAGUCGGACCGCUGGGAACCAAGCGGGAAUUGCAGGGCUUCAUCGGAGCCCUUGAAGUCAAGAGUCCGAACGUCUCGCUAUGCUCCGGCACCUGGACGUGGGGGUUGUUGGGCGUGGAGGAAAAGGAGAGAAAGAUCCUGGUGGCAGCCAGCAUCCGGGGCUCCGGUGACACCAACAUGGCCAAAGCAUUGAAGAAGCGUGGGGUGCGACAGCACUUCGUCCUGGGUGGAGACGGAACGCAGAAAGGUGCCUAUCAGACUUACGAGCAAAUGCAAGCUAUUGGCUGGGAGUGUGCAGUGGUCGGCAUUCCAAAGACCAUAGACAACGAUAUCAAUCUUCUGGACCGCAGUUUCGGCUUUGACACUGCUAUGACGGAAGCCCAGAAAGCCAUCGAAGUCGCCUACGUUGAAGCAACGUGUAAUGCCAACGCCAUUGGCCUCGUGAAGCUGAUGGGGAGGCAUUGUGGCUAUCUGACAAUGAUGUCAGUGUUGGCAGCACGCCAUGUUGACAUCUGCCUGCUUCCAGAGAUGGACAUCAACCUGGAGAAGGUGCUCGAUCACUGUGUCGAACUUGUGAGCACCAGCGGCUAUGCGGUGGUCGUGGUUGCAGAAGGCUGUGGCGACACGCUGCUGUCAAGCUCAGGAGCCACCGAUGAAGGCGGCAAUAAGAAGAUCAAUGAUGUUGGGCCAUGGCUCAAGGAUGCCAUCACUUCGCACUUCAAGAACUUGAAGCUGCCAAUCACGAUCAAGUACGUGGAUCCGACUUACAUGGUUCGUGCUGUACCCGCAAAUCCCAAUGACAGCAUCUACUGCUCCGAGCUCGCGCAGGCUGCAGUGCAUGCGGCCAUGGCUGGCUACACGGGCGUGACGGUGGGCAAGGUUGACCAGCAGACUGCUGAGACUUCCAUGCCGAGCCGCGUCGUUGAUAUCAAUGGUCCAUUGAGCAUGGUGGACCCCGACAAGUCAGAUGUGCUGCGUGUGCCAGAUACAACUCUCACCAUCACCGACGGUUCUUUGCUGCAAAGAUGUAAGGCCCGACUAUGCUUCUGCUUGGAUGACUUGCAGGACAGCACGGAGCUGCGCUCCCUUCAGUGCUUCAAUCUAAGUGAGCGUUAUGGAACGUUUGACAUCCCAUCCACCUUGAAGGGGGUCAGGCUGUUUAGCGACAACUUCUCGUGGACAUCUCAAGCAUUGUUCCUGGGAAACCGUUUGGACUCUGGCAGGGGAGUACCUUAUUUCAAAAUGACGCGUGCAGGACCUCGAGAAUUUUUGCACUUCGACCCGCAUGACCCCGCUUCAGCCGCUGCCAUCAUCAGCUGCGGUGGGAUCUGCCCUGGUUUGAACUGUGUCAUCCGUGAGAUUGUGAAUACUUUGUGGGCCUACGGCGUUCGCCGCAUCUACGGCAUCAAGGGGGGUUACAAAGGAAUUUUGGAGCCGGACAAGUGGUUGAACCUCAACCCCGAGGUAGUCAAGGAUAUUCACACCGAAGGCGGCACAAUGCUUAUCAGCGACAGAGGCAACCCACCUCACAUGGACAUGGCCAGGGCACUUCAGAGCAAAAACAUUCGCCAGUACUUUGUUCUGGGUGGGGAUGGAACACACAAGGGGGCCAUGCAGACGUUCAAUGGCAUGAUGGAGAUUGAUCAUGAGUGCGCAGUCGUUGGCGUACCGAAGACUAUCGACAACGAUGUCCCGAUGAUUGAUCAGACAUUUGGUUUCGACACAGCCUGUACAGAGGCAGCAAAGGCUGUGAAUUCUGCGUACGUUGAGGCAAGGGGCAACGCUAACUGCAUUGGCUUGGUGAAGCUCAUGGGGCGUCACUGCGGUUUUAUCGCAAUGAAUGCAGCCCUUGCAGCACGAAACGUGGAUAUUUGUCUCAUUCCAGAAAUGGACAUUGAUUUGGAGAAGGUCUUGCAGCACACAGAGCAUUUGAUGCGCACGAAGGGCCAUGCUGUGAUUGUGGUGGCAGAGGGCUGCGGCGACACCUUGAUCCAGAGCUCUGGAGCCACUGACGCAGGUGGCAACAAGAUCCUUGCAGACGUGGGCCCAUGGCUAAAAGACACCAUCACUGCGCGAUUUAAAUCUAUGAACCUGCCGCUCACGAUCAAGUACAUUGAUCCUACCUACAUGAUCCGCUCAGUUCCAGCCAAUUCCUUCGACAGCACUUACUGCUCGGUGCUUGGGCAGAUGGCCGUGCAUGGCGCGAUGGCCGGCUACAGUGGCAUCACGGUGGGAAAGAUCUACGAGCGUUACUGCUACUUGCCCAUCCACGCAAUCACCAAUCAGAAGGGAAAGCGCGUGAACCCAAACGGUCGAUGGUUCUUCCGCAUGCGCGAAUCCACCAAGCAGCCAGACUUCCGCAACGGCCACAGGGUGGUUGCCCAAAUUCUCCAAGACUGUAACAAAAUUGCCUACGGGCCGGCGGAGGUCAUGGAUUUCCAUGCUGCUGAGCUCCUGGCCGCUUGGGACACUUGGCUUAGUUAUGGAUGCGUCACCAAUGGCCUUUCAGUCGCUGAGCAGAAGGAGGCGUUUCUCAAGACAGAGAACGCAUUCUACUACUCGUAUUAUGAAGAGUUCGUGUCGGCGCCCGAUCUUGGCCGUGCCUUCAACAGUGCACUCUACGAUCGUCGAAGCGAGGCCCCAGACACCAUCAACGCGCUGAAGCGCUUCAACGUCUAUCAAGAGGUCAUUUGCGGUGCUUUUUACCGAUUUGCUGCCUGGCUCUGCGGCCGCCAAAACUUGGUUGAUCCGUGGUAUUUUUUCCGCAGUUGCAGCUAUGCGUUGCAAGGCCUGGGCCAUGUAGGACUACUUCGCCUGGCGGCUGCUGUGGGAGGAGACGGCAUUUUUGGUGGCCUGGUACCAGGAAUUUCGCUCUUCAUUUUGACCUUCCUACAUCGGCAUGACUUCAGCCGCAUCCACGAUGUAGGUAUGUUGGAGCUGCGUGAGAACUGGGCCAUGCCAGUCAUCUUGUACCAGGUCUGGACCUUGACGAAACUGCUAAUGACGCACCCAUCGUUGUGCAGUCAAACUACCUGGGAGUUUCUCGGCUGGCGGUGGGCAUUUAGAUCGCUGACAGUUGUGUGCAUCCUCGUGUGGCAAUUCUCUGCCUUCGCUUUUCUGCUGCAAGUGUCAGCAGCUUUUUUGUGCACGCUAUUGGCUUGCCACCCAGGUGCGAGACUUGCAAUGAAUGAAGUUGUCAACUCGCACUUGGUGGCACUGACCAUUGCAGCAGUCUUGCUCUUUGGAAAUGAGCUCCUGGUGCACCAUUUGUUGGUCACGCAGUGCAUUGCGAUCAAGACUGUCCUUUGGUUGCGUUCCGCGCCGAGGUGGAGGCUGCUCUUCUGGCUGGAUGGAGCACUUGCUGUCUUGAUGUUUGUGUUGCUACGCAUCAUCCAGAUGCCCUUUGCCACUGCAGACGAGCAUGUUUGGGAGUUGUAUGCGAACAAGAUGCGGACUCUAUUCCCAUCCUAUCUUGGGAAGGAACACCACGAGCCCACCUUCAACACAAGGCUAUACAAUGCUGUCAGCGUGUUCGACUUCAUCAGUUGGAAGAACAUUGAGGUGGGCUUCCAGACGAAGGUGUAUCACUUCGCGGCGGCAGCUGCUCUGCUUCAAGCAGGUGCCUUCCUGGUCAACAUACUGCCCCAUGCAGGGCAUACAAAGCAGACUGUGGGGGAAGGAUAUUCACACGCCUUCAGCUCCAGCGUGCUGCUGGUCCAGACAGCUCUGUUUCUCGUGCUCGGCUGCUUCAUAAGUCGAUUGAAAUGCAUUGGCGUGCCCUUCCUGCUUGUUUGGGCUACUGCUGGCUUGGCCCCGCGGCCUUUGAUUGCAGUCUGCCCCAUGCCGGCUUCAUGGCCCAUUCGAGCGCUGCGGAUCGGAAUCUUCGCCACUGCUGCUGCUCUUCAAUUGGGACAGCUGGUAUUUCUGGCUUACAAGCUGCCAUUCAUCGAGAACAGGCAUACGAGCAUCCACGCUGACAAGUCUUGGCCGGACGGGGAUCGUGGCGAGUUCUUCAACUGGUUGGUGCAGCACGUGCCGAAGGACGAGAUCAUCUUGGCGGCAAUGCCUCUCAGUGCUGAGCUGCGGUUGACCACGCCGCUACGCGUAGCCAUCCAUCCCCAGUUCGAGGCACAGCAUCUCCGUGACCGCGUUCAGGAGCUGUAUCAGUGGUACCAGUGCACCCCCCCAGCAAGCUUUGCUAAAACAAUGCAGAAGUACGGCUCCCAAUACGUCAUACUUGAAUUCAAGCGGUGCAGUUUUGGGCCUUUCCUGUUGGACAGAUACCCAGAGGUGAACUGCAAGGAAGGGGAGCGUCCAUGGCACGAUCUUUUCUGCCCCCGGGCUCUGGCUUCGCCGCUGUUUGAGCUCCUCUGGGCAAACGCGGAGUUUGCCCUGUUGCGACUGCGCCGGCGUGAGGAAGUGCCAAAGAGCGCCAAAGCUGGCAGUGUCGAAGACAUUCAAACUUGGGAGCCCAUGCUGCGGCGCUGUCUUGCUGAGGAGCCGGCGCACUGUGCCGCGCGAGCUGCAGAUUUGGCGCUGUCUUUCCGAAAGAUGGGGCAGGGCAAGGUGAGCCGGACUCUCUUCCAGUGGGCAGAGCAGCAUGGGUCGGAGGAUGCCGCGUUUCAGUACAUCCGCGGGCAUCACCUGGACUAUGACUUGCAGGAGAGUGAGAGAGCCGGUCCCUAUUACCGACGAGCUUACGAAUUGGACUCAAACAACCCAGUUUUUUUGAAAGAGUAUCUGAUGUGGCUCGAGCUGGUCGCAAAGGACAACCGCAGUCUUGUUGAGCUUCUGGGGCCUCAUCGUUUGCCGCGACAGGCCCGAAAAACUAUACAAGAGCUCGGAGACCCAGCCUUGGCAUGCGAAGCAUCAAUAACCACUCGAGAGCUGCUUCAAGACCACGAUUGGUCUCGAGAGCUGUGGGAAUAUGCCCUGGAACACGGAGUUUGCAACCAGUGUGUGGAGAACAACUGGGCGCUGCAUGCUCCCAGUGGGCGAAAGAUGCGCGAUGAUGUCGGCGACUGGCAGCUGUUCCUCAACGCUUUCUGGCAUCGUGCUAUGAGGAGUACGCUCAUGGGCGAACAUCUAAUGGCAGAGCUGCGAGCUCUCUGUGCGCUUUUGGAGUGCCAGGCAAUGCCGGCCGGCAUGGAGCCCAUCAGCGGCGAGUCAACAGCCCUCUCCAAGCACAGCAGCAUCAACGAGCUGCUUCAGCCGGGGGACACUGUCAAGCGGCUAGAGGUCGUCAAUUUGGGCGACCAGUUCCCUUCUGCGCAGGCUGUGAACGAGAUCCAGUUCCCAGGGGACAUGGCCAUGGGCCCUGACUCAUGGUCCACGCAGACUCUCAUGCGCCACAACCGCCGGGAUGACCGUGGCCGAACCUACCUCCAGCUCCUGCGCAGCGGCCCGAGGAAGAUCCUUCACUUUGCGCCAAGCGCAAGCUCCGCAGUCAUCGUCACAUGUGGAGGCUUGUGUCCUGGCUUGAAUUCUGUUAUUCGCGAGAUUGUCAUGACUUUGACAAGAUACGGCGUGAAGAGCAUUUACGGCUGCAGGGGCGGCUACAAAGGCAUGGUGCAGCCCGACAACUGGAUGACUCUCACGCCCGAUGUCGUGCAAGAUAUUCACAAGGAGGGAGGGACUAUUCUCGUCAGCGACCGUGGCAACCCUCCUCACAUGGAAAUUGCCCAGAUGCUGCAACAGAAGAAUGUGAAGCAAUACUUUGUGAUCGGAGGGGAUGGCACGCAAGCGGGCGCCUUCGAAACCUUCACCAGCACGCAGGAGAUUGGCCAUGAGGUUGCUGUGGUUGGCGUGCCGAAGACAAUUGACAAUGACAUCCCUGUCCUUGACAGGUCCUUUGGCUUCAACACUGCUUGCAGCGAGGCUGAGAAGGCCAUCGACUCCGCGUAUGUAGAGGCCACCUGCAAUUCACAUUGCAUAGGUCUGGUGAAGCUGAUGGGUCGACACUGUGGGUUCAUUGCCUUGCACGCUACAUUGGCCGCACGAAGUGUUGACAUCUGCCUUCUGCCUGAAAUGGACAUCUCGCUGCCGCGCGUGUUGCACCACGCGAUGCACCUGAUGAAAACCAAGGGUCAUGCUCGAUCCUGA